UCGACCCACACCCAGCCUUAUCUCUUUACCUCAUCCUUCCAUUCUUCUGCCACCUCUCUCCUGCCUUGCUUGUUUGCUCGCCUGCCGACUCAAAAGAAUGUCUGCAUAUGGCCGCGUAGCACCGCCGAAGCGCACCUCUGCGACGCCGCUUUCGCCGAGAGUCUACGCCUUGCCCGAGCGAGUAAGGAAGGACCCGUCUGACCCUCGAGAGGCGGUACUGUGCGUGCCCUUUGGGGAAGCCGGGCAAGGCCAGCUGCCGGAGGAGGGCGUCAAGCUGCUGAGGGGUAUUUUCAAUACCGAGCUCGAACGCGGUUUGACUUAUCCUCAGGAGGAAAUUAUGUCGGACGAUGCCUUUGCGUCGUACUUCCUUGGCUACGACCUCAUCGUGGGAAUCUUCCUCCCCUCUCUGCCCGCGGGAAUCAAGCCCACUGAAGCAGGAACAGAUAUCUCCCUAAGCGAUGCCAAUGUGGAUGUGACGUCGCUCGACUGGAAGAAGUCAUUGGCCUGCUUCUACUACGUCAAGCCAAAUUAUCCAGGUCGCUCGAGCCACUUGUGCAACGCUGGCUUUGUGGUGCCAGACUGGAAUCGCGGGCUUGGUCUGGGUGGACUCGCGGGGAGGAGCUUCACCCACUAUGGCCCCACGCUAGGCUACGCAGGGUCCGUCUUCAACCUCGUCUACGCCAACAACGUCGCUUCGCUCGCAAUCUGGCAACGCCUUGGCUUCACGCAGGUAGGCAAGAUCCCCAAUGCUGGUCGUCUGAGGAUAGCUGGCGCGAAGGAGGGGGAGCCGCAGGAGGCAUUCUAUGAUGCGUGGAUUAUCCAUUGCAACUUCGCUGAACGCCAAGCGAAGGAAGAGGCGGCCAAGAAGGAGGUAGCUUAGAGCACAGAUGGCUCACCCCAGCAUGCCAGCAUUGCCUCUCGUUCAGCAUCCAGCAUUCCUUCUGCACUUGAGACGUGGCGCCAUCGUGGCAA